AUGUGUCGUGACUCGCUUGAUGAUGGCAAGAAGACCCAGUGUUAUUUAAGGAACACUUGGCGCAACAUCACAACCUUGGCAACCGGCACCGGCAGUCUGAUCGGAAUCGACUGGCAAGGCCGGCGGCGGGAACCAAGGUCGGUCUCGGGAACCAAGGUCUCGGGAACCAAGGUCGGUCUCGGGAACCAAGGUCAGUCUCAGGAACCAAGGUCGGUCUCGGGAACCAAGGCUAGCACUGGAAAGCAAGGCUAUGGUCGGGAGACAAGGCCACAGACAUAA